AUGACGUUCGGAGCUCUCAUUGCCACCGCACCAUAUCCAUGCUGUCACCUCGCGUACAACCUUCUCUUCGCAGUUGAGAACAAUGCUCUAGUGAAACAUGCAAGCAGCAGAGUGGACUCGAUCUACCUAACACACUGCAUUGACUGGCAGACGCUGCACUCUAUGGCGCCCCCUUGGAAGACAGAACUUCUAGCAGUCUUCUUCAUACUUUGCGCGCUACCUCGUCUCGCGCAGGCCGCGACAAGCGAAGAAUGGAAGUCACGAUCCAUUUACCAAAUCGUGACAGACCGAUUCGCCCGGUCCGACAAUUCAACUGUUGCGCCAUGCAAUGCCGCAGCAGGUGAGUACUGCGGCGGCGACUUUCGAGGCAUCAUCAACAAGCUGGAUUACAUUCAGGAUCUCGGAUUUUCAGCGUGUUUUGGGUCUUUGUUCCUUCCCUUCUUAUCUUCUGGAAAUGGUGACAAACAAGCCACGCCGCCUCGUGUUUGCGAUGCGCCACGAUGCCUCGUGACACUAACAGAUGCAGAUAUGGAUAUCGCCCGUGACAUAUCCAGUCCAGCAAGACACCCCAGACCUGUCCUCCAAUUCCACCCGUUCAACCGCCAGGAUUAUUUCCACCCUUUCCGGCUUCUCAAGGACGACCCAGACAAUGAGACAUGCGUUAUUGAUAACGGAAGACAGCAAUGUAGCGUCGACACUCUACUCCUGGAUCGGCGAAAUGGUCUCCAAUUAUUCGAGUCAGUAUCCCCCUCUACAUUGAACAAGAUUCAUGGGCUAGGACCAAUUCUAACAGCUCGUCUUAUUACAGUCGACGGCCUGCGUCUCGACAGCGUAUUCAAUGUCAAUCAAGAUUUCUGGCCAGGGUUCAAUAAGGCUUCAGGGGUGUUCUGCAUCGGCGAAGGAAUUACAGACAGUGCAUCAUCCAUAUGUCCUCUCCAGUGGAAAAUGGAUGGUGUUUUGAACUACCCCAUGUUUGUCUUUGCGAUUUGCUACCCAACACCAAGGCUAAAAAGUGCUGACCGACAACUCAGGUACUAUCGCCUUACCGGCACAUUCAACAACACGAAUGCGAAUAUGAAUGAUCUGCUCGAAGGACUGGAAGAGGUGAAGAGCGCGUGCAGGUCAGUUGCUAAUUCCCGAGGCGCACAGGAUAUCUUCACUCUGGGAAUCUUCACUGAAAAUCAAGACGUUCCACGAUUUGCUUCUCAAACCCAAGACAUAUCUCUAGCCCGAAAUAUUAUCACUUUCAAUCUUCUUGGAGACGGGAUACCUAUCCUCUACUAUGGCGAAGAGCUACACCUGCAAGGACCAUACAACCCGGUCAACCGGGGAGCUCUCUGGCUGACCGAUUACGCGACCGACACCACUUCCCUUCCCUCCCUCGUCCAGUCUCUGAAUAGACUGCGCGCCCACGCCGCCGGCAACGGCACUCGAUUCACUGAAUCUUCACCCUCUUCCUCCCAGCAAAACGACUAUCUCACAUUCGUAACGUACGCAAUCCACAACACCUCUCACACCGUUGCCCUGCGGAAGGGGUUUGCAGGAAACCAAGUUAUAACCGUACUGUCGAACCUCGGUUCCCAGCCGAGCCGCGAUGAUCCAGAGACCUCGUUCACGCUCCCCUCCGCGGGGACAGGCUUUCACCCGAACCAGAACGUGACCGAGAUCCUCUCUUGCCGGACUGUCCUGACGGACGGAGCAGGCAAUCUCAACGUGGACCUCUCAGCCGAUGGCGGGCCCCGAGUCUAUUACCCGACCAACAGCCUCAACGGCUCCGGCCUCUGCAGCGACGAGUUGAAAUCCAAAUCGUCGGCGGCUUCGCCAGUCACAUUCAAGCAACUCAUAUGGCUUACCGUUAUGACGAUGUUGCUAUUCCUGAUGACGGAGAUGACUCUGAUGUGA